CUGUAUAUAUAAAGAUGUGACUAGGUUUAAGAAACGCUAUAUCUCAGAGACGCUUAGACAACAACAACAACAAAACCGUUAAAACAACAACAAAAAAGUUCAACUAUGGCAAUGGUGUGGGCAGCAUUCUUUUUGGUCGCCAUCUUACGUACCAGUUCUCAGUACAUUAAUGUGAAUGAAGACGACGGCUGCCCCGGUAAUACAGAGGCUAUGGUACAAAUUGAAAGACUUCAGACCACACAAAGUAACAUCCUAGAAUCUGUAGAUUCUCUCAGGCAGACGGUGGAGAGACUUGACAAAGAAGUAACCAAUAUUAAUGAAGAUGUUCAAAUCGUCAAAAAAGGAUUAAAGCUCAAAACGAACUGUUGGGAUCUCUUUUCUACCGGACACAAACAAUCUGAGGAAUACCUAAUAGAACCCUUUGGCAACGAAAGUCAAGUCAACGUUUUUUGCGACAUGGUGACAGAAGGCGGAGGGUGGACAGCAAUUCAGAAGCGUUCGAGCGGAUUAGAGAGCUUCAAUCGGACGUGGGCGGAAUACAAAAAGGGUUUUGGGAACGUAUCUGACUCAUACUGGAUAGGAAAUGACGUGAUUCAUCAAUUGACAAAGGGAAAUAACUCCUCCCUCUACGUCUCCAUAACAUUAAAAAAUGGCACCACUUUAUACGAACUUUACCAUGAGUUUUCUGUUUCGGAUGAAUCGGACAACUACAGGCUCUAUCUCGGGGGACCGGCUAGCGGAACCUUGGGAGACAGCAUGAAAAACCAUAAUAAGAUGCCAUUCUCCACACUGGACCGAGAUAACGAUAACUAUUAUACUAACUGUGUUGGCGCCCACGGAGGAGGCUGGUGGUUCAACUCCUGUCCUUCCGCCUUCCUUAACGGUCAGUGGUCCUCGGAAUCCCGGGUCCGGCCAUGGUCUCCUACAGUGACUGAUGGUAGAGAGAUAAAGGGGACUCUCAUGAUGAUAAAACCCCAGUGAUUACGUCACAUGAAGUGUUCCUCCUCCUCCUUCUUUAACAGUCUUGGUCCUUGGCUUUCCCGGAGGGUUCGGCCAUUACAUGGUAUCCGUCAGUGAUGAUUACGUCACCUAACGUGUGUAUGACGUGUGGCAUUUUGCUUAGCUUGUUUAUAUAAAAUGUUGUCAUUGACGUUUCGACAUUCAGUCUGUUUGAAGUUUCCUUGAGUUUGUGACGUGUUACAUAUUCUACUUAUCUAUGUACAUACAAAUUCAAAAAUAGUAUGAUAAAGGAUGAUGUUAUUGUUCUAAUCAUAAUGGUUUUAGCGAUGUAAAAUUACACAGUAAAGAUGUUAAUGAUCAUAUAUUUUUAUGACUGUAAUAAAUGUCUUGACAUAGUCCCAUAAUGUUAUGAAGCUACUGUUAUAAAGUUACUCUCUUAUUACCGGUAUUCCUCUUAUCUUGGU